GAUUUUUUUUAUUUUUCAAUCUGGCUUGCUCUGUCGCGAGUGUGGGGGUCUGGGCGUGGAAGCCGCUGCCUUGGCUCCUGAGGAGCGGGCCGGGCCCGCGGCGCCGGCCAUGGUGGGUGGGGUUGAUGGCUGAGAGCCCUUUUGCCUCCCGGCCCUGUCCGGCGGGCUCGGGGCCUCAAUGCAGCCCGAGCCGCCGCGCCCACCGCCUUCCGCUCGGUGGCUCCGCCGGGGACCGUGGGACUCCCGCGGCCCGCCCUGCGGUCCUUUGGGCCAAGGACCCCGACAGCCCUAGCUGCCCCGGCCCAGCCGCCCCCCUACAUCCCCGCAUUCCCCGCUCACGCCGGGGGAUCUGCCAGCCAGACGCUGCGGGUCGUGGUGCGCCACUGGCCUGCGGCCCCUGCCCUGCUGCCAGUUACGCCUGCAGUUGCGGCCGCCUGCGUUUGCAUUCUCCCCAUGGUCGCCGAGGCCCGGGCCUGCGGACGCCCUGUCUGAGCCGUGCCAGUCGCUUAGCGCCAUUGCCCCGAUGCUCCUCCGUUAGCACGCCACUGUCAGAGGCACCUUCAACCCCCCCAGGGCUGCCCCCCUGGCUGCCUCCCGGGUAAUCAUUUUUGCGCACAUUCAAAAUGGUGAGUUGAAAGCUGCUCUCGGGCCAAGUUGAAGAAAAGGAGAGGAGGAUAACAGUUCUUGCUGGAAGAAGAAUCUGGGAUGUUUCUCUGAUAGGCAUUUAAAAAAAAAUUACAUCUACACAGAAAAUGGCUUCGAGUCUCCUUGUUCUGCCAUGUAUACGAUUUCCUUUUUAAAGAGAGCUUAAUAUAUUCUAUUUUCAUCAUGAAAUGCUUGGUUUUUGCCAGUAACCUUUGCUGAAGACUUACAGAUCAUUUGAAGAGAAUACGAAUAAACAUGAAUAACAAACAAUUGAACAAUUCGGUUUUGUAAUUGCUUCUGGAAUUCUUGUCAUUUUUAUAUGAAAUAACUAAUUUUUUUAUUGCAGACAUGCAACCUUGGUGUAAAAUUCAGCAGUAUAAAUAAAGAAGUAUUAGGUAAAAUGUGAAUAUUUUCAUCCUCCGGUCCCACUCCAGUAUUUAGAUUUGAUGGUCAUCUAUCAAAAUCCUUUAACAAAUUCACUUUUAAAGACAGAUACAUGCAGUUGGCUUUUGAGGUGGACUUCAGAUGAACUAUGGUCUAAAUUUAGAAGCCCUUGUUAUUUUGAAUGAGGUAGGUAGAACUGACUGUAGUGUGAACCCCUUCCUUAUUCUCAGAAUUUUAUUCUCAUCUUGCUUUAUGAUAGGUAAAGAUUUAGUUGUCCCUGCAUAUAUAUGAUAUUUCCUUUUUCAAAUUCCUAGCUUCUUUUGGUUUGAUUGCUGUGUAGAUAGAAACUUUUCAGUAACAUUUAUUUCUGUCUUUUUCUCCUGGCUCUAGAAAAGCUUUUGAGUUUUUCUGUUUUAGUGUGAUAUUUUUAUUGAUAAUUAUCUGAAAAUACUAAAUUUUGUGUUUUCCUUUCUAGUUUUUAUAAUUCUCACUUUGCCUACCAAGUAUUACAUACAUGUCAUUGGAUAAUAGCACUAAUAGUUAAAAAUAGUGAGUUUUGGGGCUGGAGAGAUGGCUCAGUGGUUAAGAGCACUGACUGCUGUUGUAGAGGACUUGGGUCCGA